CUGGGCGCGCCGGAGGGCGGGGACUGCCCUCCUUCGGCAGCGGGAGGCGGUCACUCGAACUGGGCUCGGGGGCUGAGGCGACCGAGGGGCCAUGCGGACUGCGAGGGAGUCCAGACCCUGCCCGGCCCUCCUCCCUCGCGCGGCGGCGACUCGGCGGCCGCAAGAGUAAUCCCUGUCUUUGUUCCUUCCGUCGCCCUUGCCUCCAGGCCGCCGCGCUCCGGCCGGCCCGCCCUUGGCCCCCGAGCCCCCAUUCGGCUCGUGCCGCGCGGAUGCGGCUUCCGGGCCUGGGUUUGGGCUGUGAGUGGGAGGAGGAGGAGCGGCGACGCCUGGACGGCAUGCGAUGGGGAACUGCUGCUGGACGCAGUGCUUCGGGCUCCUCCGCAAGGAAGCUGGGCGGCUGCAGCGUGUAGGAGGCGGCGGAGGAUCCAAGUAUUUUAGAACAUGCUCAAGAGGUGAGCACUUAACUAUAGAGUUUGAGAAUCUAGUAGAAAGUGAUGAAGGAGAAAGCCCAGGAAGCAGUCAUAGGCCUCUUACUGAGGAAGAAAUUGUUGACCUGAGAGAGAAGCAUUAUGAUUCCAUUGUUGAAAAACAGAAAGAUCUUGAUAUGAAAAUCCAAAAAGAGUUAGCCUUACAAGAAGAGAAGUUAAGACUAGAAGAAGAAGCUUUAUACGCUGCACAGCGUGAAGCAGCCAGGGCAGCAAAGCAGCGAGAGCUCUUGGAGCAAGAGAGGCAGAGAGUUGUGCAGCGAUGCCGCGCUUCCAACAAUGGAGACUAUCAAAGUCCAGGACCAGAAGAUGACUUUGAAUCUUGUUUGAGAAAUACAAAGUCACAGUAUGAAGUUUUUCGAAGUAGUAGGCUCUCAUCAGAUGCCACAGUUUUGACACCAAAUACAGAAAGCAGUUGUGACUUAAUGACCAAAACUAAAUCAACUAGUGGAAAUGAUGACAGCACAUCUUUAGAUCUAGAAUGGGAAGAUGAAGAAGGAAUGAAUCGAAUGCUGCCAAUGAGAGAACGUUCCAAAACAGAGGAAGACAUUCUCCGGGCAGCACUCAAGUAUAGCUGCAAGAAGACUGGAAGUAAUCCUACAUCAGCCUCUGAUGAUUCCAAUGGGCUGGAGUGGGAGAACGAUUUUGUUAGUGCCGAGAUGGAUGAUAAUGGCAAUUCCGAGUAUUGUGGAUUUGUAAAUCCUGUAUUAGAACUGUCCGAUUCUGGUCUAAAGCAGUAUGAUUCAGAUCAACAAAAACGAUAGGAAAACGUUAUGUGAUCUUGUUUAUCAGUUAUGACCAAAUGUUAUAAACCAACUAGAAUGUAUAAAUGGUUGUGCUGAGCCUUUUUGUGAGGGGAGGUAAGAAAUUGUUUUGUAAAUGCUUAUUAGAAAGGAAUAGGAAUGAUAGGCUGUGUCUGAACUGCUUCAGAAUUAAGUGCAAUUUCAUCAUCUGCCUUCUGCUUUUCAAAUACAAUUGAAUGGUUCUGUCAUGUUACUAAUUAAAUUUAUUAACUCUUUAGCAAUCCUGUUUACUAUUUAUUGCUUUUCACUUUUUAAAAUAGUUGAUCUUACUUCAAAUGCUUCCUUAAUCCUAUUUUAGUAGCUAACUAUGAAAAUAUUAAGGCAUUUUGUGUUAAUUCUCAGCAGACAUGAAGGGACCCUGAAGAGGGACUGCCAGAUUCAGACAGAAUAGUGUUCCCUUUUCCAGCAUUAUUUAUUCUUAUGACUUAUUAAAUUAUGUCAUCUAAUAGAAAGCACAGUUAAUUUGAGUAGAUGACCCUAAAGAAACCCUGAAAUAUCAGUUUCUUCCUACACUUACUGCAUAUCCUAGUAUAUCAAUGUUCAUUCAGUCUGAGCAAAGGAUAUGAUACAGUAAAAUAAUCUUUCAGAAUUUGGACACUUAAAGGUAGUAUCAAAAGAUAUUUAAGAAAAUACAUAUACUUAGGUUUUUCAGUUCGUUUUCUGUGCCACUAUAAAUGCUUGUUGAAUUUAGUCAAUUGAUAUAUUAAAUUUCUAGCUGUCAUUUUUUAAAAUUCUAUAUUUCCAGUGAAUGGUCUUGAAAUAUUUUACAUGGAACACAUUCUCUGUGCAUGGUUUAUUAAGAAAGGAAAACCUAAAAAAGGUAAUACGGGUAUUUCAAAGUAAAUAAAAUCCUUUCUGAUAUGAAAGAAUCUCAUUGAUUUCAUUAAGCUUUCCUUUGCCUUGUAAUACAAGGUACUUUAAUAGGAUGGAACUAAGUAAAUCAAUGUAUAACUGUAUUUUAUGAUAUACAGUUAACUUUUUUUGCUCUAAAGUUUAUGUAUCAAUUUAAAAGACCAAGGAUAUGGCACAUUCCUUAUUGCUUGUCUUGAUUUUGCUGAGGAUUGAGUAUGAUUUUAGUAAGCAAACUUUUUUCAAUUAUUCCUUAGUUGUUUUUGUUUUUUUUUCUUGCAACAAUGACAGUGCAUGUUCUCAAAAUUAUAGGAAGGUCCAGAUAUAAAUAGUAACUUAAAGUUCUUGCCGUACUUUAAAAAACAAUCAUGUGGCCCUUUCAAUAUUUGAAUAGCUGGGCCAUAACAUCUAUAGUUUUGUCUCCUUUUUUUAAUCUUAGAAAUAAAUAUGACACUUUAAAUAUGUAAAUAUAUUAGGUAAUGCUGUUAUUUAUGUCUCAACAUAAUUUAAGUUGUAGCUAUGUCACUGGAAAUAUUUUAAAGAUAAUCUAUAUUCACAUUGCCUGUGUUAUGCUUUUUAAAGUUUGUAUACAUAAGAUGUAUAUUUUUGGUUUGGCAUAAGCUACUAUUGUAAUUUUUCUUGGCAUUUUGUUCAUAAAGAAUUUUUUGAAGGAAUGGUGACUUCUCAAAGAUUGUGAAUAAACACAUUUUUACAUUUAAAAAUAA